AUGCAGCGCCUUCUGCGUCCGACCUCGCGCAUGGUGCGACAUCGCCGCUUCCCGCAGCCGCUCCUUGGCGUGCGUCGAUUCACCUCCCGGCACACGGACCCUGCGCCCGACUUGGACCCGGCAUCAAUGCUGGGCAUCGCCGCCGUCGGUGUCGCGGUCUGCGGCGUCAUCUACUACUACGACACCAAGGAUGCCAACGCGUUCAAGAUGAUUCCCAUCACCGACGCCUCCCAGUGCCACAAGAAGAGCCAUGCCGACCGUGGGCCGCAGUCGGUGCCCAACAGCUCAUUCCAGCGUGUGUCGCAGUCCAAGCGCCUAUCACUGAGCGUCCUUGAAGCCAGCGGGGUGCGCCAUGCAUCGCUCGGCGGCGUCACGUGGAUCGAAGACGACGGGAUGCACUACUACGAGCAGUCGUACUGGAACGACGAGGCCGCGUACACCAUGUCCAGCGCGGACGCCGAAGCGCUGCGCAAUGCCACGUACGAGCUCCACGCCAUGUGUCUCCAGGUCGUCGACCGUGUCGUCGCCUCGGACGCACUCCUUGACGUGUUUGAGAUUCCGCCCAACUUGCGCCAAGCGGUGCGCGACUCGUGGGCGCGGCGGGACCCGGACCUCCUCGGGCGCUUUGACUUUAGCUGGGACGGCACCGGGCAUCCCAAGCUCCUCGAGUACAACGCCGACACACCAACCGUGCUCGUCGAGUCGGGUGUCGGGCAGCGCUUGUGGCAGUCGCACGUGCUCGCCGACUCGAAGAAGCUAUGGUGCUUUAACGAGAUCGAAGACCGGCUCAAGGCGGCGUGGCCCAAGGUCGUGCCCAAAGGCGCCCACGUGCAUCUCGCCGGCACCAGCGCGACGAUCGAAGAGAUCGAGCACGUCGCGUUCAUGCACCGCAUGGCUCUCAUCGCGGGUCUCGAUGCGGACGUCGUUCCCAUCAGCAGCGUCUCGGUUGAUGGCGAUGGCCACCUCGUCGAUGGAACGCACGCCCGCAUCGAUUACCUCUGGAAGCUGUACCCGUACGAGUGGCUCGCAUCCGAGGCCUUGGGCGACGGCCUCUUUGUCGAUACGCCGGGCGAAAACAAACGGCUGCUCGAGCCGGCGUGGAAGCUCGUCCUUGGCAACAAGGCGCUGCUCGCACUCCUCUGGGAGAUGUUUCCAAACCAUCCCAACUUGCUUCCUGCCACGUACGACCGCGACGAUAUCCUUAAUGGGAUGAUUGCUGGCAACAUUGUCGCCAAGCCAAAGUACGGCCGGGAGGGCGCCGGCAUUCUCUACUCGGGGCGCUACAAGUCCAAAGCCGAGUUCGUCGAUGCGGCCGACAAGGCAUCGACGCUGCCGACCGAGGGCGUUGAUGGCGUCGUCGAGCUCUACAUGGGUGCCCCGGUGUACCAGGCGUACCACGCCACGUCAAAAUUCGCGCUGCGCAAUAUCGUACUCGGGUCAUGGGUCGUCCAUGGCGCCCCCGCGGGCUUCUGCGUCCGCGAAGACAUUGGCGCGACAACGAACGACAAUAGCUGCUUUGUACCGCACUGCAUCGACGGCCCGCGCUGCUCGAAAGGAUCGUUGCCCGAACUUUCGCCGGCGCAGAAGAUGCUGUUGCAUAGCUUGUACCAGGACGACGCGAACGCGGUCCGAAAGGACGCGAGCUGGAGCACCUACUUGAGCACGCCCUUCUUUCGAUCGUCGACGGCGGCCUCGACAGGCGCCACGGCGGCGCGACCACCGCCACCGGCGACGACGCCGGAGAACGCCAAGGCUCAGGCGUAUGCCGCCAAGCGCGGGCGAUCGACGCGCUACCUCCCGACCGUCGACGACUGGGCGCCGGUCGCCGCGUCGAUCGCUGCCACCACGACGCCCGUGCUUGUGCUCUUUGGUGCGUCGUGGUGCGCGGCCAAGACCAAGAAGGUGGUGUCGGCCAACGAAGCGCUCCUCGCCGGCCGCAGCGACAUCGCGGCGUACUACGUCAACGUCGAUGGCAUGGACGACGACGACGUCAUGGACCUUGGCGUCGGCGAACUCCCGUACUUCCAGGUGUACACCAACGGCGCCCUGCUCGAUGGGUUCAAGGCGCUCGACGACGACGCGACGUCCAAGAAGGUGGUGCGCCACGUGGGCUGGAACGGCGCCGUGGGCUCCGUCGACGCGGCGGACGCGCUCCCGGCCGUCGACUACGACGCGCUCUUCGCCGUCGUCGACAAGUACACAGCGGGCGAGACCGACUUUAUUGCCAACACGGCCAACGUCGCCGCCGCGAUCUGGCACGCGUUUUACGCCGCCGGGCGCCCGAUCAACUGGUCGGGUUUUUACUUUAACCGACCGACGAGCGCGGCGCCAAGUGCGUCGCCGACGGACCUCGACGCGCGGCUGCUCGUGCUCGGUCCAUUCCAGGGCAAACCCGCGUGCAAGCGCAUUAAAUUUCACAGUGGCGUGUGCGGCGCGGCUGCCUCGACCCGUGUGAUCCAGCGCAUUCCCGACGUACACCUCUUCCCGGGCCACAUUGCUUGCGACGACGCGUCGCAGUCGGAGAUUGUGCUGCCGAUUCUGCUGAACGGCGUCGUCCUUGGCGUCCUCGACCUGGAUUGUCCGCACAAGAAUGGGUUCCAGCAAGCAGAUGCCGACGGUCUCGGGCGCAUCCUCGACCUCUUCGUGCCCCGGACCGAGUGGGUGUCGUUGACGCUGCCCAUUACUGCGUUUGUCCUCACAUAUCGAGGUUUGUGA